AACCUAACCUACAACUCCUAUAAGUGUCAGAAACCUGUCAGAAAAGGGCGCGAAAACUUAGCGUUUGCAAAAAUGAGUUCAUACGAAGAUUCAGACGUGGAAAUUACCGAAGAACUUGGUGUAGAGCAAUUUGAAGAAAAUGCAGAGCAGACGGAAGAAACCCCCGCUGAGAAUAACGAAGCCGAAGCAGCCCCAAGUAAACCGGUGAAAGCGAAACGAGUUAUACGAAAUCCCCAACCUAAACUAAACGCGGAAAGACUGAAAGGGCCCCGUGGUCUGGCAGCUCUAGAAUCACACUUCGAUCGCGUCAAAUACAAGGGGAAAGGUUACGAAGAGCAAGACUUGGGUGUGAUUUUAAAAACUUACGAGUACUGGUGCCACCGCUUGUUUCCCAAGUACCCGUUUGAUGAAUGUAUCGCCAAAAUUGAAGCACUAGGAUCCAAAAAACCUGUUGUUACUCAUAUUAAAAGAAUCAGAUAUGAUUUGUUGGUUGAAGAUCCCCCAAUUAUAAACAACGAUGACAGUGAUCCUGAACCUGAAGCACCAGCAGAAAGUCAGUUUGACGCUGUUGCUGGUUUGCCUGGAAUUACACAACCUAAUGACGAACCUGAAUUAACUGAAGAACAGUUGGAAAUGAUCAAAAUAAAUAGAGAAAGAGCUGCAAGAAUCAGGAAGGAAAGGAUGACACGCGGUAUAAAUGAAUCGCAAGGCUCUGAAAUUGUCGCAACUACAGCCAGUGAAGGAAAUGAUCUACCAAUGGCAAGUCAGGAUGAAUUUCCAGAUGAUCUAGAAAUGGAAGAAAUAGGACAGUCGGUAGAUGCUUUACCAAUGCCAAGUGAAGAUGAUUUUCCCAGUGAUCAAGAAGAAGAACUGACUAGACAGGAACCGAUUAUUUCAAGCGCGGAAAACGCACACCCAACUCAAGAUGAUUUAUUUGAAAAAGAAAAUGAGCAAAACUUUGAGGAAAAUUCUUCCCAAAGCCAAGUCGGUUCGCAGCCCGCCAGUGAAAAUUUGUUGGAGGAUUAAGAUUUAAAUGAGCCGGAAACUGCUUAAGUUUUGCGGUGGAAGCGAUUCGUCGGUGCUUUCCGUGCCAAGACUUUACGUUCAUGAACGACAGGCAAACUAUAAAAGUGUCCUCUGUUUUUAGUAUAAAUACGCAAUUAGGUAGAAAAAUUAGAAAAUUCAUAAAUCAUAAAGUGUCGAAAACAUCAAGCUUCAAUAAAAUUUACCCACCACGCCAUAUUCAUG